CUCAGACCCUUCCCAACUUCGCUAGCUUUACUUGGGAUCUAAUAUAGGUAUAACUUCUUCAUGUCACAAGCAUCAGGCACCGACGUCGUCGAAGAUCAACUCACUCACAACGAUGAACCUCCCCCGCAAAUUGACGCUGUAGGACCCAUCGAAGAGGAGACGAUAAAUAUUGAACCUUUGGCGGAGCUGCCACCAGGGAUCUCGAAUGCUGAACCUUCACAGCCGUCAGGGCCUCACAUACAAGGAAGCACACCCAAUGUUCCACCAGUCGGCGAUUCAGCUUCCGAGAGGGAAAAGGUCGAAUUAGCAAAUGUCAUGAAGCAAGUAUUGGACAUUCUCCAGGACUCCACGAUUGCGUCGAAGAUCGGAAAGGACAAACGGUCUCGUUUCUGGGGGGUGUACAAACGAGUCGCAGAGGAGCACGACGGCGAGUUCCUUGAGCGAUACACUACUGACAUGGACAUCGUCUUGAUCUUCUCCGGUCUUUUCUCGGCUGUCAGCACGGGUUUCAUCGUCGCUAUGGAGUCCAAUCUCAAUCCCGACCCCAGCGACACGACGAAUGCCCUUUUGAAGCAAAUCGUGCAGAUCGGACUCGGCAACCUCGCUGAGGCAGGCACCGCUCCCGUAGACCCAGGAUCUACGUGGUCGCCAUCCGCGUUGGCUGUGAGGAUCCAAAUGGUCGCAUACGCAAGCUUGUCCAUGAGCUUGCUCGCUGCAUUCGGGGCCGUACUGGGCAAGCAGUGGCUCGGGUACUACAAGUCGAACAGAUAUGGCCGCGGCUCGGAGGAGGAACGAGGCAAGCGCAGGCAAGAGAAGUUCGACGGCAUCGUCACAUGGUAUUUCGACGCUGUCGUGCAAUGUUUUCCUGUCAUACUUCAGAUCUCCCUUCUUCUUUUUGGAAUCGCUCUCGGAGCCAAUAUGUGGUACGAGCAGCGGAGCAUCGCCUGG